AUGUCUUUCUUCACAAAGCGCUUUGGCAAGAACGCGAGCCCUGUUCGGUCUGAGGACCUGGGAUCUGGCUCAAAUGAAGAUGUCAAAGAAAAGGACCCAGUCGCCAUCAAAGCCAGUGGGGCUGAUCUAACACCUGGCGACGAGCUGGAAACCGCUGCGCAACUCAAGGCGAUCAAGAAGAAACACGAAUGGGAUCCCAAUUUUGCGGAAGACCUCGUAGACAACAUUGACGAGGCCACCCAACAACACGACAUUGGCGGGGAAGUUCGAUUGGUCGAUGAGCUUAUCGAGAAUUCGCCGUACCCUGAAGUUCGCGGCGCAGUCCGAAAUUACGACGAGGAUGUUCCUGUAAACACUGUCCGCGCUUGGGUACUCGGAAUGCUCUUGACCACAAUCGCCUCCGGCCUAAACGCGCUUUUCGCUUUGCGCCAGCCUGCCAUCACCAUCACUUCCUUGACGGUCCAGUUAGUCGCAUAUCCCCUCGGUGUGGCAUGGUAUCAAGCCAUGCCCAAACGCAAGUUCCGCCUUUUUGGGAAGUCAUUCACUUUGAACAACGGGCCGUUCAACAUGAAAGAGCAUACCAUCAUCGUGGUCAUGGCCAAUGUCAAUGUUGCGGGUGGUGUGGCAUAUGCCACGGAUACCCUUACUGCACAAAGAGGAUUUUAUGGUCAGAAUUUCGGAUGGGGAUUCAACAUUCUACUAUGUAUAACGACUCAGAUGAUGGGAUACGGCCUCGCAGGAAUCUUUCGCAGGGUCUUGGUCUGGCCAGCUGCUAUGAUCUGGCCCACUACUUUGAUCAACACUGCUUUGUUUUACAGUCUCCACGAUAAGUCGGAGACCGACCCGGCCAAGUGCAACGGUUGGAGAAUUUCCCGUUACAAAUACUUCUUCAUCGUCUUCACCUGUUCCUUCUGCUGGUACUGGUUCCCUGGCUUCAUCGCGCCUUUCCUCAGCGUCUUUGCAUUCGCGGUCUGGAUUCGCCCCAAUAACGUUGUGGUAAACCAGCUAUUUGGCGGAUGGACCGGAGUCUCGCUAUUGCCAAUCACUUUCGACUGGACUCAAAUCACCGCAUACGCCUAUAGUCCUCUUAUUCCACCGUGGCACGCGAUAUCCAAUACGUUGAUUGGUUGCGUCAUAUUCUGGUGGAUCACUACAAUUGGGGUCCAUUAUACGAAUACCUGGUACGGUAAUUACCUCCCGAUGAGCGACUCUCAGGCAUAUGACAAUACCGGAAACCUCUACAAUGUCACCAACAUCUUGACGCCGAAUUACACUCUGGAUUUGGAUGCCUACAAGGCAUACUCGCCGCUGUUUCUCUCUACCACCUUCGCCCUGACGUAUGGUCUCUCUUUUGCAGCGAUUGCGGCUGUAAUUGUUCAAACCGCGCUGUUUCAUGGUGGAGAUCUGUGGAAGAGGGUGCGAAACAUCCGGACCGAUGAUGAAGACGUGCAUCUAAGAAUGAUGCGAAAAUACAAAGAUGUACCCCAGUGGUGGUACGCGGCGAUGUUCAUCAUCAUGAUCGGUAUAUCUCUGGGGGUGUGCUUAGGAUAUCCAACCAAUAUGCACUGGUGGGCUUUUUUCAUAUCCAUCAUCAUUUCCAUCAUCUGGUUCGUCCCCAUCGGUCUCAUUCAGGGCAUGACAAGUAUCCAACUUGGACUGAAUGUCUUUACGGAGUUCAUCACCGGAUACAUCCAGCCAGGCCGUCCAGUGGCCAUGAUGCUCUUUAAGACCUACGGCUACAUCACAAUGGCUCAAGGUCUCUAUUUCACACAAGACCUGAAACUAGGCCAGUACAUGAAGAUCCCAUGGCGUUCCAUGUUCAUGGCGCAGACUAUCGCUACCAUCUGGGCUUGCAUCGUUCAAGUCGCAGUCCUCGAAUGGGCUCUUGGCGGUGCCAUCGUAGAUGUUUGCACAGAGCACCAGGUCAACAAGUUCAAUUGCCCCAAUGGUCGGGUCUUCUUCAAUGCUUCCGUUAUAUGGGGUCUCAUCGGCCCACAGCGCAUCUUCUCCCCUGGAUCCAUCUACGCCAACCUCCAGUGGUUCUGGAUGGCCGGCGCGCUGGCACCAGUCCUCUUCUACGCCCUCGCUCGCGCCUUUCCCCGCGCUCCGUUCCGCUACCUCUCCGCUCCCCUCAUCUUCGGCGGCAGUGGCGAUAUCCCACCGGCUACUCCUCUCAAUUACCUCGCUUGGGGCAUCGUGGGCUACGUCUUCAACAAACACAUCAGGAACAAGUACAGAGGCUGGUGGAUGCGCUUUAAUUACAUCACGUCCGCGGGUCUGGAUACGGGUCUGGCUAUUUGCACGAUUGUCAUCAUCCUGACGGUCAAUUUGACGAAUACGUCUAUGCCGUCCUGGUGGGGGGUGAGCGUCGCGAACAACAAUAUGGAUAAUCUGGAUACGGCGGUCAAGAUUCCGAAUCCGAACCCGACUGCUCCGGGGAGGUUCUUUGGACCGACGGUUUGGUAG